AUGGGUCCAGGUCUGACUUCAACACCAGGAACGCCAGGUGGUGGGCAGAUCCACUUUGUGACACCGACGAAUCGAUGGCUGGGCAGUAUCCCGCUCUCGACAAUCGAUCCCUUGACCCUUGAAUCCCUUUCGACCUAUGUCCGCCCUGAUCCUCCGAGACAGAGGCAAGGAGGGGACGAGAAAGGUGGUGGUGAAGAGGCAGAAGAAGCAGAAGAAGAAGAAGAGGAGGAUAUGAAAGAGCGGACCACCAACAUUGCUGAGUACUUUGAGCGGUUUGGGGAGAGUUCUGAUGAUGAUGAUGAUGAUGAGGAGGAGGAGAAGGAGGAGGAGGAGGGUGAGAUAAGACGGCAGCUGGAACAGGAGCAUCAACGUCCCCGGGACUCGAUCCCGCGCUACGUCCACUCGCUAAUCCAAAACCGCGCCCUCCGGAACCCGCUCACAAACACAGAAAUCGAGGGAGAGCCAACUUUUUUUGUGGUACUUGAACCGGGGAAGGGAGGGUGGUGGCAUGAGCCUUGGGCUACGGCUACUCGGCCGGCGGGUGUGCAGGGGUUUCAUUCUUUGGUGCAUCAGCAUUAUCAGCAACGCCGGCACCAGGAGCAUGGAACGGAGAAGGAGGGAGAUGGUGGAGGAGAGAAUGGAGAUGGAAUGGAGAAGGAGGAGGAAGAGAAGGUGCAGUGGGACAAGGGGCUGAGGAAGGAGCGGUGGCGGCAAGGCAGGAUUAUCAAUCUGGAAUUGGAGAUGCGACAUGAGAUGGAUUGGCGACGGUGGAAUCGCGCUCAGGCGACUUUUGCUGCCGAAGCCGAGACUGCCGAGGAUCAGAGAAAUGCGGUAAAUGGCUUGGGAAGGCGAAAGAGGGCAGGGAGGAGAUUGAUGCGGUUGAAGUUGGGUAAGGAUGUUACGCUGCUGGAACCCUCGGAGCGUGGGUUGCAAUUACCGCGGCGAGUCAGGAGUCGCUCGUUGUCGUCGUCGUUGACGGAUGUGGAUGUCCGGCACCGAGGUGAGAAGAUGUCCUUGUUUUUUGUUGUUGAUUUGCAUUUGAAAAUGAAGAGAUUUGGUGCCAAGACGACGGUCGCUAACAAUAAUAUUGCUCUUGGUGCUGGUCUGUAUCUGUCUUUGACAGUUCAAGCGUCAGCGGUGUUGGAUGAUAUGGAGUUGGAAGAUGUUUGUUCACACCAGAACCAGGACUAUAGGCAGGAGCAGGAACAGAAGCCGAGUGAUGCUGAUACGAUCAAGAAAGCAGGAAGCAAGCAACACUUGCCAGGACGACUCUCUGAGCGCCGAGGAGGACGCAUGAGCAAAAAGUGGAAGAGACGUCUUGCACGAGUCCACCAUACCAUUGCUGCUCCUUCAUCACAAUCCCCAAGAUCUGCCUCGGUAGCGUCUUCAGCAGCAGCAACAGCGUCAGAAACAGGAGGAACAGGAGGAGGAGGAUUCUCGUUUCUGCCAUGGUGGGAUCCAGACCCUCAACCGUUCCAGAUGCCGAGCACAAAGUUAUCCCCCUUUGCGAUUUCGACACUCCCGGAACCAGUCGCAAAAGUGUUUGGCGGCACGUCCAUCUACUCUCGCGUCCAUCCUCCUUCCAAACCUCACGCGACAACAUCCAAUCCCGCCAUCACCAUCGAUAUCUCGUCCACAACCACAACAGAAACUACACCAGCAGGAAUACCGAAAAACACAGCAGGCUGCAAUUGGGUACCUGUAAAACACGGAGAUCGCGUCGCAGUCAUGAUCGGGAACAGCGAGGACUUCCUGCUCUUCCCAUCGUUCCAGAGACUGUUCUUGCGAAGCCUGAGUCGUGAGGAUUUUGAGGAUCGGGUGGCGAGGGUGAACAGGAUCCCUUGUCCUGUGACCGCGAUUGUUGUCACGAAUGGUGCUAAUGGAGAAAGUGGGGUGGAAGAGCAGAUGAGGGAGCAAGGGGCUCAGAUGCAGGAGGAGUUACAACGGCAGCAACAGCAUGAAAGAGAGAGAGUGCAGAGGGAGGUGGAUGUGUCGGCGAUGGAGGAAGGUGGAGGAAGACAAGGGGCUCGGUCGGCUGGACGGUCGUCGUGGAUGGCAUGGAUGUCCCCUCAUCGUCAGCAAAAUGGGACAGGAGACACCACCGAAGCGGCGACAAUAACGACGACGACAGGUGUCAGUAUAUCGGGAGCAGCAAUUGAAGCGGGAACUCGACCGCCACUUCCACCUUCCAAUGAGUCGACUACUGCUUUUGUGACUAGUAGCAGUAUUGCCAGCAGCAGCAGUAGUGCCAGAAGCGUCGCGAGUGCCACUGGUGAGGAUUCGAUUGGAGAUGAGAAACGCGGGAGACUUGACGAUAACGACGACUUGGAGGCCAGUCGCGGCAACAACACCAUCAGCAGCGACCACAAUGGAAAUGUCGAUACCAUGGACGAGAAAUCCGCCAAGAGAAGCAAGGAGACACGAGAGGAGGAGGAGAGACGAUGGCAAGCGCUGGAGGAACGAUUCCUAAGGGAGGACUAUGACUCGUCCGAGUACUCAUACGCCUCUUCGUCCGAUGAGGAGGGUGAGGAGUUGCCGUUGGAUUAUGAUGGGCCUUACUAUUCUAGUGAGGAGAGUAACAGUGGUGAUGAUGAGUAUGAGUAUGGAGGGUUUGGGUCUGGUGAUGACGGUAGGGAAGGGUCUAGGAGACGGCAGCGACGAGAUGCCGGACACGGAAGUGGAUCAAGGCCGCGGUGGGGUAUCCGAGAUUGGUUGUACUUUUUCACAUUCUGCACUCCACACCCUCGCACGUUCUCCACGACCGACACCGCCACCAACUCUGGCCCAAACAACAACAGAAGCCAAGCGCCACUAGAAUCUCGCCGCGCGCGCCGUCGUCGUCUCCGUCGAGAACAGUGGGUCCGAAUCCAACAACGUCAACGAGAACAAGAAUCCGCGGCUUUGCAUCUAUAUCUCCCACUAGUUAUCCGACAACGGAUGACGGCCCAGGAUGUCCAUCGCGUCUGUAUGGCGGCCGAGUUCUGUCGGUUCUAUUUGACGAUCCUGAUGUCAAUUGUUAUCAUAGGGGCGAUUGUUUAUGGCGCUGUGCAUGUGGAGGCUUCACCUUCGCCCAAGGCUCCGAAAGCACCAGGGGCGGUGGGGGCGCAUGCGAAGGAUUGGGUGGUGCCGGCUAGUAGUGGUGGCAGCGGACAGGGUGCGCCGGUUGGCGCUGCUGGUGCAGGUGGGGGGAGUUCAAGGAAGGUUCCAGAGCAGUGGACUACGAGUGUUGAGGGUACUGGUGAUGGCGGUGUAGGAGGCGUUUGGCAGGGUGUGAGGAAGAACGAGAGCAAGGACCAGCAGCAGCAGCCCCUUGGGAACAGUUGA